AUGGAAGAGGCACUUACAGCGGAUGAGAUAGAGGAGUACAGUAGGAUCAAGUGCUGCGUGUGUGGAGAGCGGGUGAAAGCCGACGACGUUCCAGAGCAUUCGCGGCGGUGCGUCUUAGCUCCGGCACCCAACCUACAGCUGCAGCUGGACAAAUGGUCCAUCGUCUCUGCCAGCCUGACGCCCUCGGAGCAGCGGGCGCUGCUGCACAUGAGACGCACAGAGGAGCUGGCGAAAGUGGAGGAGAUCGAAGCAUUGUUGGCCAAGCGGAUGCCACAGCUCUGGUGGCUUCCUGGGAAAUUUGGCUACAUCAUCAGCUCCAAGUGGCUGCGCAGCUGGCGCUCCUUUGUUGGGGUGGGCCGCGUGAUGGCGGAGACCAAAGAUCGCCCGCCGUCGCCGAUCGUCAACGGCGAGCUGUUUGAGAUCGACGGCACGUUGCGCAACGGGCUUCAGGAGGGUAUUCAGCACGACUACCAGAUCCUUGAGCAGGCCAUGUGGGAGUUCUUCCUUCAGGUUUAUGGUGGUGGACCUGCCAUCCUCCGCUACAACCCCAGUGGCGUGCUUCCCGCGCUGACGGAUCCCUCGGUGACCUUCGAGGGGAAGUGGCGGGAGGGACGGCCGGAUAGCGGCUGCGGUCGAAUCUUCGAUCCUUACAGCGGGCGGGGCUUCGACGGAGAGAUCCAAGAAGGCUUUCUCUGGACUUGCGCCGGAAAGGGUCUGCUGAAGAACGGCAGCCACUACGAGGGGCAAGUGGUAAAUGGCUCCCAAGAGGGCUCCGGCCGUGAGGUGCGGCCGGAUGGCAGCAUCUUGGAAGGGACCUUUGAACAUGGCUUGCUACACGGCUUUGGCCGCACCGUGGAUGCGCAUGGCAUGGCACAGGAGGGCGAGUGGUUUCACGGAGAGUUGCAGGGCAUCUGA